CGUUAGUUCUCGCUUGAGGAUGAGUAUUUACAAGUACUAGGAAGUCGUGUGCCCGACCUGCCCCGACGGAGGACAUAAUUACAUGUAUCUUAGCCCACCUGUUCCUUCGUUCAACACGGGAAGGCUCUCUAUCUCUAUGUAUGUUCUAUGAUUUCAAUUCACAAUGACAAUGAUGCCCGACAUCGACCUUUCCAUCUUUGAGCGCGCGCAAGCGCUCCUGCAGAAACCUCUGUCUCCAACCGUGGCAGAACGGGAAUUGCUCGAGGGGCAACAAAAAAACCAGUCCGGCACGACGGGUUCUGGUACAACUUCAUCCCCAACAGUGAGGAAAAUUGUAUCCUCCACCGGCGUGACGGGCGGUAGGAAGCAGGCUUCUGGCGCAGGGGCUGCUGCAUCCCGAUCGAACACAAGUUCUCCUUCGAAAGCAGCUUCAGCAGCUACUGGCGGAAGCAAAAAACCAUUGAAAACCAACGCAGGUGGAAAUAAAGCAUCUUCUUCAACGAGGCCUCCGGGUCCGGGAACAAGCAAACCCGCAGCUCCUGUAGCUCGUAGUCGGGCGCCAACGGGGGACAGCGAUAGUGUUUUCGACACAGGAGGUGCUGGGCAAAAUUCUUUUGACGGAGACAGCAGCAACACUGGUUUUGCUUCUCAAAAUGACAACUACUUUAACGACAGCUACGACGAAGACGACUCCAACCUCCACGUCCCAAACGCGUUGAGCAUCCGAGAAGUGGCGCAGACGCUCGAUACCUUCACGAACGAAUUGAAACAGAAGGCGAACCCGUUGAAGAAGGGGGAUCACUACCUCCCCGCAAAUUUGCAGCACAAGGUGGGAAAAGUGGACGAACCGUUUUCCGAGGAAGCGCAUAAGGAGAAGUUAGAAAAGAUCAAAGAGUUGGAAAAGGAAUUGAAAAGGGAGAAAAGGAAUAAGAAAAGACCUGGACAAUUAUUGGUGGCAGGAGGAGGUGGGGCGACUUCAAAUGGUGCUGCGACCAAGGCUCCGUCUUCUUCGGCUGGUGGAAGUAGCAAAACCAGCAAAAGCAGAGUGAAUUAUCCCACCGGGGGAGGUGCAGAUGAAGAUGGUCUUCAUGGAGAGGAAGACGACAAUCCUGACGACGACAGCUUGUUCACCGAGCCACUUCGUGCGAGGGACCGCAGUGGAUCCACCGCCUCUAGCAGCACUGUUGCGACCGGUGUUGGCGGCGGGGCUUCUGGAAGUAGAAAGCAAGAUACAACUCUUGCGAGUAAACAGGCUUCGAAUAAACCUCCAUUCCGCACGGGCAUGACCGCAUCAUCGAUGCCGGCACAUCACAACAGUAACGGAGCUGCAAUUGCAGACCAGCAGCAACCGCUGAUCGAAAUCGAAGACGAGAAGGUUGUGCGGUUACAGGAGAUGACGCGGAAGAGGGUAAAGAGAUGAUCAUGAUUGUGAUUCUGUUUGUCAUGCGGUUGCAGCAUGGGCCUCAGCUUUGUGAUGCGAAAUUGGGAUGUUGCUGAAUUGAUGCGGCAUACGAAUGCUCCUUACACGUACAUCAAAAUCAAAUCAGGUUCUUGACAUCGACCGUCAGAAACGGGAGCAGAAACAGCAAGAGGAGGAAAAGUUAGAACUCGACCGACUCCGCAAGGAAUCUCUCAACGACCCUGACCGAAUCGUUCUCACCACCCAGCAGGAAUCCAAGCAAAGAGUCCUAGAACGCAAAAAGCGGGAGAAGCAGGAGCAACUGGAGAAGGAAAGAAAAGAAAAGCUGGAAGAGCAGUUGCAGAAGGAGAAAUUUGAGGAAAAAGCGAGAAUUUUGCAGGAGAAAACGCGGGAAAGAGUGUUGGAACAGAAACUGAAGCAGAAGCAGGAAAAGGAGCAGAAAUUGAUCGAAAUGGAACAGAAACGAGAACAGGACGAAUUGAUGGGAAAUUUGAAAUCUGAAUUACUAUCAGAAGCACAGCGAUUGGCAAUCGAGCGGUCGCGGGAAAUUUUGGAAACGAAGCAGAAACAGGAGUGGGAAGAGAAGAUGAGAAGAGACCGGGAGGAACAAGAACGGAUUGAAAGGUUGAAGAGGGCCAGAAAACAGUACUCGCAUUUGACAACAGGAGGCGGUGGAAACCAGAAAGCAGGCUCGUCGCAACUACGAGGAGGUGUUUAUGCAGCUGGUGGUCAGGAGGACGCCGACGCUGAUGCAUACGAACCUCUUUCGACCCCGGGAGUUUCUGUUUCUGUGUCAGGAACAACGUCGUCUACUACAGCUGGGAACGGUGUUUCUGCAGCUUCCACCGGCUCUUCUGCAGCACCUGCUGCUCGUCGCGAUCGGUACGCCAAUGCCAGGGCAACAGCGCCACGUAUGCGCGACAACGUAAAUAACCAGCACAAGCAGCAAAACGCAAGGCCUAGUGCACCUGCACGCGUGCUGAACAACAAUAAAGCGCGCUCUCCGACCGAGAAUCUUCCAGUAGACGUGACGAAAGUCGUCGUAAAUACGAACAUUUCCGGGAGAAAUCAGGAAGAAGACCAACUUUUCUUCCAGCAAAGCGACGAUUUUGAGAUCAUCGGUGCCGUGAAUCCGUUCUUGGAUGAGGAGGAUUUGCAAAAGAUGAGAACCUCGUCUGACGUUGUACAAGCUGUUCCUCCUGUGGCACCUGCACCAGCGAGCAAAAAUCUUCAGCCUGUGAAGCAAAUCCAGCCAAAGAGCUUCAGUAGCAUCAACACUUCCAACUCCUACAGUAACCGGCCGACGCCCAGAUCGAAACUGCUUCAGGCUGGUACUAAUAUCCACAGCACAGUCUCAAGUCGUCCCAGCUCGGGCCGCAGCGGUGCUGGUGGCGCACCCCAACAGCAUAACAAAGACAAACGGGCAAUCCAGCAAGCCGCCCGGGCGAUCGUUGCGGGAGCGGGUGGUGGUGGACAAGAACCGAGCAACAAAAUUUCGAACAAAAACCUCUAUGCAUAGCAAGUAUGUCUGGGUCUGGAAACUUGUGAUGCUGGGUGGCGUAUCAUGAUGAGGCCACAGGUGCUGACUCAGCAUGACAAGUUUCUGAGCUUCUAAGUGUUGCCUAUUCUGUAUGACAAACUGCGUUUCCGCAUGGCAGAAAAAUGGAGCUCUUGCGUAACGCGCAUGACAGAUUCAAGAGUCAUGCCAGACAAGCAUGACAAACGUGCAGUCUUCCAGACCCAGACACUUUUGCACUUGAUAACCUCAUCCAGGGAACGAAUCUUCGGAAUAUCAGCAGUCACGAGAAAGCUGUCCUGCCAGUGCCUUUACGAGCAGGCGGAACAUCAAAUCUUCACAGCCAAAACAACAGCAGAAUCCACAGCGCGAGGUCGAACGCGUCGAGUAGCAGAGCAGUGAAUAACCAUCAAAAUUACCAGAAAAAGCCCCCGCCACUGCCUUGUGAACUGGGAGAAUUGUUGCAGUACGAGGAACAGGAGGAGUACGGGGUGGAUCAUGCCGUUUCUGCACGAGGAAGAGAAAGGCAGAAGGCCAAACAGGUUCAACAUGCUGUCCAGCAUGUUGACAACAACUUUUCCGACGACGACGACGAGUCCACUUCGGGGAUCGAACCGGUGGUGAAUCAAAACGGGAAUUUCAUCCUGCCCGACAUCCGUGAGCCGGAGGAAAUUCCGGAAUACCUACGGGAAGACAAGGACGAAACUUGUCCGUUUCCGAAGUCGUUGAAAGCGUACCAGGAGUUUGAGAAGCAAAAACAGAUGCGGAAGGAGAUGGGAUUGCCGAGUAGGGAACCGAAUAGGGUUUUCACCGGGGCGAUUAAACAGAAUGGGGGUGGUGGUGGAGUUCAACAUCUUCUUGGCGGAGGUGGGAACGUUGUCAAGGGGAUGAACAACAAUUUGAACACGAGUGCUGGUGUGAUGGCAGGCGAUGGACCACCACUUGAUGAUUCUGUCACGAAGAAGAGGGGACGAGCAGCUGCCAGUAGAGAACCACGACCAAAACCACAUUUUGCGGUUGACGUGGUUGACAAAUCUGCGGUGCUGGCUUCAGCGGCCGGCGUUGCGAUUUCCGCACAGCAGGAUCAUGUGUCGCCCAGAACAACAAACACGUCAACUACAGCUCCGGGAGCAGGAGGUACAGCGAAGAAGCCUCCUGCGUGGAGAAAACAAAAGCCGAUUGAAAUGCCGUCUGCAGAUGAGAUUCUUAAGAACAUGAAGCGGGCUAGGUCCGUGACGAGAAGUAGGGGCGGUGGUGGGAACGUCGUUGUGGGGUAGAAGCGGUGAAGGCUGCAGGCGCAGCUUUUUUGGCCUCUACUUUGUUUGCUCGGAUGAAUGGGGUUUAGGCUAGGCUGAAGGAAAAACUACAAAACCAAAGGACACAGUCGAUUACACCAGCACCCAUCGUGGCCUGACUAUGAGGAUCUUCAUGGUAUUGACCACUUGCAGUCAAAUCCUGACUAGGACGUCGAGAAAGUUUGGUUCACCAUCGCUGUUGCGGUUCUUCGCCAUUUUCGUG